AUGGCUUCGACUCCCGAAAGCCAGGCGCUGAGCCCGGCAAUUUCCAUCGAUGAGUUGAUUAACCCUUGCCCGACACGCGAGAUCCUCCUCAGGAUGAUCAACCAGGAUGACGUCUCUACAGUGAGCGCAGUAGAGAAAAUCGCCGUUUUAACCGAGGCAGCUAGCCAGACCGAUACGCUAUCCGGGCUCGCGAAUAUCGUAACUGCCACUCUGAUUGCAUUGGCCAAGCGCAUACCACAUGACAAGCAAUCCAAGCUUGUCGAGUUCACCGUUCGCCUGGGACAGACCACCGUGCCUGACCCCACAGAGGGAGGGGAGCUAUGCUUCCACGCCGGGAUAACAAAGAUACCAUUUUGGUCGGGGAUGCCUGAGUUUUUAGAUCAUUUGUCUACAGAAUGGCUGAGAAACUCCAGGGUCACUCAUAGUAGCCGUUUGGCUAAUCUUGACUUUGCGAAUUUAGUGGCCUUUUAUGCCCAGCUCGCGAAUGCCAAAUUCCAGGGCCUUGGCUAUAACAGUUCUUGGGACUAUCCCCAAUUGAGACAGAUGUAUAAUAAGACAUCGCUUUCAAUUCAAGAUGUGCGGGUAGCUUGCAUGUGGUUUAUCCACUCGCCGAGGAAGGCUUGGGCGGAUAUCCAUAUCAACAGCGACGACGGCUCUCACCCCAAGCUCUGGCGAGCGUGGAAGCGACAUUUACGAGAAUACCAUUUCUCGGAUGAUGGUUCAGAUGCAGAACUCCAGAUUUGUAUUGCACGUGCUCUGGAUAACAUGAACAAGACUGAAGCUGAGCUGGAGAUAAACGGCUCUGUUCCCUUCGUAUGGCGGAACCGUGGGAAGGGCUCCUACAGCUCGCCUUCAGAUCUGAUCCGCAGCAUUGAGAAGCUGGGGUUCUAG